AUGAAUCUACAAUCAGCCUAUUUUGUCCUGUACAUUGUCGUGCCAACUCUUGGAAUUGGUCUCAAUUGGUAUGUCCUAUGGAGACUGCUGCGAAUUGCCAGGCGGAGUGCUAUUCGGUUUGAGACCACAUCGGGACUUCCGUUGGCUGCAAUGUCUGCUGGUGAUUCAGUUACGCUACUAGCACAGCUUGUUCAAGCAUUGUUCCAUAGUGUACCAAAAAAUGGGCUACCGACGUGGCUAUUGAGUGGCACCUGCAAGAUCGAUUUAUAUCUCAUGCAUACGACGUCGGCAUUCUCAGUGUGGUGUUGGUUGGCGUUAUCUAUACUGAGAUACACGGCUGUAUUCCAUCCAAUAAAGUAUCGAACAAUUUGGAGGCAGCCAAGGAAUGCAUUAAAAGCAUUGGCCUGCUUUUGUUUCCUUUUCGAAACAUGGAUAUUGUUCUUCGUCGUUUAUAGCGAGGAUGGACGUGCAUGCGUCGAAAAGCCGACCAUAUCUCAGCACAACGUGAAGGCAGCACACCUAAUGGAUAUUGCCUUGUUCUAUGCGGUUCCUUCACUGCUAAGGAUUUUCUUCGACGGCAUCGUGCUUUUCCAGUGCUACAGUCCUUUUCCAAUGUCCGACGCUCCUUUGUACGAAAGACGAUUUGCGUUUAGUGUACCAACACAAAGUCGAAGACAUUUGCAUCAAAAAAGCACUAACAUUUUCUUGUUCCGUUUCCAGCACUUCACAAAAAAGCGUCAGAUGCAUCUGAAGAAAAAAACAGCAAUGGUGAUGCGUUCGAUCAUUAUAUCAGUAUUGAACUUAGUUUUGAAUCUACCAUCACACAUUCUUCGGACAUGGCAGACGCUUGACGACAGCGGUGUCGAUCCGGAUAUGAUUUCUAUUCUUGAACCACUUCACAAAAAAGCGUCAGAUGCAUCUGAAGAAAAAAACAGCAAUGGUGAUGCGUUCGAUCAUUAUAUCAUUUUGAAUCUACCAUCACACAUUCUUCGGACAUGGCAGACGCUUGACGACAGCGGUGUCGAUCCGGAUAUGAUUUCUAUUCUUGAACCUAUUUGCCAAAUCAUGUACUUCUCGCAGUUCAUGUGCAACGCCUUCUAUCUGAGCACGAGCAUUUAUGAAACGAAUGGUACAUCUCGUAAUACAGUUGUUGUGAACAAUGGUCGCCAACAUAUCUCUCGAUGUAUCUCCAACGAUGACGAGACCUGA